ACAUGCUGCAUUUAGCAAUACCUGCUUUUACCCAGCCGGUGGUGGGGUGUGUGCGUGCCUGCUUCUCACCCUUGCUAUGGAUGCUCUUGCUGACAGCCCCCUUGGAUGGCUCUGUGUGGGCAUCACUGCGCUUUUUGGGGUGACUGUGUUCUGCACAGCCAAGAGGAGUCCAGUGGGUAAAGAAAAUGUACUGGUCUGGAGCCUCAUGCCUGCCUUGCUGGGGCUGCUGUGCGUGGCCAUGCUGGGCACUGGUGAGGGGCUGGUGGUGUUCUGUGCCUCGUGCCUCGUUUCCUCCAUGUACCUGAGUAGCACAGUGCUGCUGCCUGUGGGUGACAAAGCUGUGCUUAUUACAGGAAGUGACACGGGGAUAGGACAUGCACUGGCUAAAUACCUGGAUAGCUUAGGCUUCGUUGUGUUUGCUGGGGUUUUGAAUAAGGAUGGACCUGGAGCUAAGGAACUGAGACGGACCUGUUCUCGGAGACUUUCUGUGCUGCAGCUGGAUGUAACCAAUGCCAAACAAGUCAAGGAAGCCUUGCUGAAAGUCUCAGAGAGGGUGCAAAAUACAGGACUCUGGGGAGUCGUGAACAACGCAGGCAUCCUGGGCUUCCCUGCUGAUGGCGAGCUGCUCCCCAUGAACACAUACAGGAUGUGCAUGGAGGUGAAUUUCUUUGGGGCUGUAGAAGUGUCCAAGACCUUCUUAUCAUUACUCCGGAAAUCCAAGGGGAGGCUGGUUAACAUGUCCAGCAUGGCAGGAGGCAUUCCACUACCAAGGUAUGCUGCAUAUGGUGCAUCAAAAGCAGCUCUGGCCAUGUUUUCUGGAGUAAUGAGGCAAGAGCUUUCCAAAUGGGGAAUUAAAGUUGCUGCAAUUCAUCCAUCAGGCUUCCGAACAGGUAUACAAGGUACAUCUGACAUGUGGGAUAAGCAAGAAAAGGAGCUGAUGGAGAACCUUCCAGCAGACACAAGGCAAGCCUAUGGUGAUGAAUACCUCCUGGGGCUGAAGACCUACCUCCUGCGUAUGCCUGCGUACUGUGACGCCAACCUCUCACCUGUGCUGAAUGCUGUCCUGCAUGCUUUGCUGGCCAAGAGACCACAUGGCUUGUACACCCCUGGCAAAGGGGCUUACAUGCCCCUCUGCAUCUUUUGCUGCUUUCCUCUCUGGUUCUAUGACUUUUUCAUUAGUAAGAUGCUGAGUUCUGAGCCUGUCCCAAGGGCACUGAGAACAUCAGAAGAAGAAAGCAAGAAUCUCUGAGGUAUCCAUUAGCAUUUGUCUUACUUGAUGAGAUAACUGGGGAAAACUCUAUUUUAAGACACUGCUAUUUAUUGUACUGUCUUUGUUAAAUGACAUCUACACUUCCUUACAAACAGAAGUAAAUCUUUGUGUUAAAAGUAAUGUUCAGGAAAAGCAAUGGAUGAUCAGAAAUAGAAAUCUAUUCCCAGAUGGGGCAUUUUUGGAGGAGUUUGAAUGUUUUCCGGGUGUUUUUGUAUCCUGCCUUCUGUGUAAGGUAUCUCAUGAGGUUACAUAUUUCCUGUCUGCUUCAAAAGGCACCACCAUCACACAAACAGAUGUAUAACCUAUUUUUUUUCAAAACAAAGCAAUCCUUGAAGAUCAACAACCUUCUUAAACAUCAUGAAGAGUUACAUGUAUUUCUAUCACUGAAGAGAUUUAGAAAUGCCUGAUGCAAAUCCUUCUUGCUCCAUCUUCAGCCUAAUACAUCGCAGGCUGUCUUAGUUCUGCUGCUGUUGAACCUGAGAAAUUAUUGACCUUUUCCCCAUCAAGUUUUGUGAAGUAUAGUUGUGAUGUUUAUCAUGUAUCCUCUUUGCUAGACUAAGCAACUUAUAUUAGUUGAGGGAAAAUGAACGAGGACAGGUCAAGACUUUCAUGAAGAAGUAGUCAAUCUCCUUCCUACAGUAUUAGGAAAAGUAAUGAUAAGAGUAUCAGCUGCUAAUUUUAUAUGACUGUCUUUGGUUAUUCUGACUCUUGCUUGUUUAUGUCUGUGCUUCCUUAAUUAUUAGUAUACUCUGAUCUCGUGUCUGCUUUCUAUACAGUUCCUUGCUUGGCUCUGGUGUUACGAAGAACUCAUGGUUUUGCCCAUUACUCCUUACACCUUCCUAUGUCACCCUCUGUUUUGGGGGGAGUUUGUGCUUACUCCUCUAAGUCAGUUUUCAGGCAGGCUUUACUGGAGUCCAGUGUCUAUCUUCUGCUGGAUUUUGGUCACUCAUUUUCCCUAAAUUCAUUGUAGGAGUAUUAGUUACGCUCCCUGCUGCUGGUUGUCCCUGUGCCCCAUACCACAAACCCCUCACCAGUGCCAAGAGACUGGGCAACUCACCUAUAUUUCCUCUACCCCACUCCCAUUUUUCAUUGCCUGUCACAUCCCCUGGCUUUGAAAGGCUGUGAUAUUUUGAAAGCAAUCCUCAUGCUCCCCCUGCAUUCCCUGGUUUGGCCAUCUGUCCUGUGCCUCGCUUUGACAAGAUGUAUUCCUUUUCUGAUGAUGAAAAAGUAAAAGUUGUUACAUUCUGGGUUUUAAAUGUAGAUAGACUUUUUUUUCUCCUUCUUUUCUGAGCAAAUUCCAGUCUUCUGUCAUAAUCCUCCUCAUGUGAUGUACUCUUGCAGUCAACUGAACAAAAUCACAAUUUAAUUUGAUUCUGUAGUACUUCUUCUUGUAGUACCUCCUUACAUCUUUUACAUUAGUGCAGAACUCUCGUUAAUGCACAGAGGAUGGUCAGCAGACUUGGCCCACCAUUUUAGUUUGUGCCUCAGUGUGGAAAUCAUCCUGCCCUGUACAUUUUGUUAUGAUUACUUUUACUACUGUUUUUACUACUGAGUCUGAUGUCCUUGCAGCUUCAUAUCAAUCUGCUGAUUACAGACCUUUGUUUUCCAGUGAGAAACUGUGACCAAAUGUUUUUCACUCAAAAUCUGGGACUAUGUCUAUCUCUGCCCAUUUCUUCCUUUAUUUUCCAAAUUUUAUUAUUUGUCAGCAAAAAUGCCUAAUAAAAUAUCAUUUAGUAACUGUA